AAUUAAGAAACUCCCAUUGGACCGCUCCAAAUGGGAGUUUCUUAACUAUGGUUCUUAACUCCACUUAAGUACAAUUAAAAUAUUAAAUAAUCACUAAGAAACACACUUAAGGAUCCAGGGAUAAACAUGCUCUAAGUGUAUACAAAAAUCCACACGCUUUCUUUACAUAACCGGAACUUUCAGAAUAUCUAAUGCUUGGUCAAUUUCAAUCAACAUCAUUCUUUUUAGGUAAAACAAUAAGUCAAUAUAUAUAUAAAAAAAAGUCGAUAUAAUAGGAAGUUUGGGAAUAUAUCCCACAGCCAACCCUAGACCCUUAUACUUCCCCUAAUUAAUUUCUCAAUCUGACUCCAAUCCAAAACAAAACUAAAAAAAAAGAUAAGCAAAGAACAAAAUGGAAGUCCCGUUUCUAAACAAGAAUUUUUCAUCGUCAUCUUCUUCAAAUUCAAAUUCAUCAUCAUGGGCUUGGCCUUCUUGUCACCAAAACCCUAGAACCAUAUCUUUCAGAGCCACCAGUAUCGCAAACAACUAUUACGACGUUGAAGAGGAAGAGGAAGAGGAAGAGGAAGAGGAAGAGGAAGAGGAAGAGGAAGAGGAAGAGGAAGAGAAGCCACUUUCUGCCAUCAUCUUAUCCUCCUCAUUCUCCUCCACAUCAUUCACGGCUGACGGCAUAGAAGAGCUGCCAGAGACCGAGUCCAUAGAGAAUGUGAUCAAAGGUAUUAAACCAUCAGAAAGACUCAUUUUCGAACGAACAGGAAAAUCCAAAUCUAUACUCGAAGAGAUGAGGAACAAGGAUUCAUGCUCUUAUCCGUGGAAUCAAUCCACCUUUUCUACAAUUUCAAAUGAUUCAUGGUGGAGAUGGUUGAGGUACACACCCUUCAUCACAGCUAGAGAAGCCUCAAAAUGUAUCAUGAAGACGACCAAAUAGAUAAAUGACAUGUACAAAAGCUUGAUACGUCGUAAACAUGCAUGCACAAUUGACGUUUGUGUGAGAAUCUACAAGAGGCGUCUAGAGAUAUUGCAUAUACGGACCCAAUAGAUCUUUUCGGAGGUUUCAUCUCAUGCCAUAUGAACAGUUAGUAUACUCGUGAGCUCUUCUUCUUUAUUUGCUUCCAGUGCGUGUGACUCAUGCUGGUAAUAUAUUUUUAAAUUGAUCUAUUUUGUAUUUGUCCAUUUGUCAAUACAAAAAUUAAAAUUUCUUUCCGAAAACAAGACAAACCCAUUAGUUUUUGUAAUGAAUUAGUACCAAGGAUGUCAUUAACGAUAGUAAUGAAAGUGUAAUAGUAAUAUACUUAUAUGAUAA